UCCUCUGUUGAACGCGUGAGAAAAAAGGAUAGCAUUUUUGUCAUCUUUUCAUUCCAUCAAAAAGGCAACAGAGUUUGAGUUUUAUCUUUCAAGUUCAUUCUACAAAGAAUCCAUACAAGAGAAGAAAUUCAGAGAAGCAGAAGAGGCAGAAGCAAGUCAUGAACUUGCAAGAGUCAAAACCAUCAUCUCCAUCUGGUAAUGGUUCAUUAGAGCUUGAUUCCGAUAAACACCCGCUCGACGAAGUUGAACGUUUCGACAAAUCUCUGCGAGAACUCAAAGAAUUAGGAAGUCAACUAUAUUAUGCUGCUGAUUAUUGUGAAACAUCAUUCAAGAAGACCCAAGAGAAACGAAUUGUUAUGGAAAAUACCAAGGAGUAUAUAUGCAAGGCUAUAGUUACUGUUGUCGAUCAUCUUGGAAGUGUUUCAGCAAAUCUUAACCGUCGAAUCUCGGAGAGUAGUGAAGAUUUAGGGAAUGAUUAUCUUCGAAUGCAUUGCUUGAAACAACGGCUUCUGACGUGCACCCAUUACUCGCAAAACCUCACCCUUUCUGACACACGCUGGAGUAGUAAUUCACCGAGAUAUUAUCCGCGUUAUAUUGCACCAAAUACUGCUAAGCUGGAGGAAUCAAAACCAAUUGUAAGGUACAGUGACAUUGAAGAUUCAGAACCAUUUAAAACAAGGCCAAAGUACAAGCUUGGUUUUGAGUCCUUCGACAAAGAGAUGCCUGUCACAUUAUACAAAAAUCCUGAAAAACUAUCUUAUGCUGCAACAUGGGAUAACAAUUUUAAGAAGCUAGGGAUGGGGCUCUCAAAAAUAUUGCCAGCUCGUGAAACUUCGCCAAAGUCACCUGCGAAUCAAAAUCCUUACUUUCAAUUCCAGACAACAAAGGAUAUCGAUAAGAAGCAAGAGUGGAAACCUGAACACAACCGCCGGAGAUCAUUUCAGCUAACUCGAAGAUCAUUGCAACUAGCCGGCCGCAAAACUAAGGAAACAAUGGGACCUUUGUAGGCGUAGAUCAUGUCCAUUAUUUCUACAUACUUGGAUAAUGUGAUAUGAUCUUGAACCUUUCUAAUUAUGUAAUCUUCUAACUAAGAGACAAAAAUAAAUAAAUUACGUGACCAAAGUACAUUGUGUCACAAGCACUACAGUUUGUUUUUUUCUUGUUGAAUAACAUAGGGAAUUGGGAGUCCCA